AUGGGGUUCAAAACUCUCUGUUUGGGACUGUUUUGUAUUAGCUUUUUAUCUUAUAUUUAUACACCUGUACCAGACAACAUUGAAGAAACCUGGAAAGUAAUGGCUUUGGAUGCAGUUGCUAAAACUUGCACAUUUAUGGCUCUGUGUCUUGAAAAUAUAGGUAUCAUGAGAUAUGAAGAUUUCAUUUCCAUGAUAAUCAGGCUGGAUUACAUCCAGCCACUUUCAGAUGAAUACGUCACAGUGAUUGAUACGGCUUUUGUUGACAUCCCUGUACGUUUGUACCUACCCAAGAGAAAGUCAGAAAUCCCCAGAAGAGCUGUGAUCUACAUUCAUGGAGGUGGUUUUUGUUUUGGAAGUUUCAAGCAGAGGGCUUUUGACUUCCUGAAUAGAUGGACUGCAGAAAGACUUGAUGCUGUUGUUGUAGGAAUGGACUACAGACUAGCUCCUGAGCAUCACUUUCCUGCACAGUUUGAAGAUGGCAUUACUUUACUGAAGUUUUUUCUUCAGGAUGAAAUUCUUGCAAAAUAUGGAGUAGAUCCUACCCGAAUUGCUAUUUCAGGAGACAGUUCUGGGGGCACUCUGGCAGCUGCCUUGACUCAGCAGGUGCAGAUUGAUCCUGAAGUCAGACAUAAAAUCAAGCUGCAGGCCUUACUGUAUCCUGGUUUACAGGUAAUUGACUCUUACGUGCCAUCUCACCGAGAAAAUGAACAUGGCGUAGUUCUGACACGGGACAUAGCCAUAAAACUCGUGAGUUUGUUCUUCACUAAGGAUGAAGCACUUCCCCGGGCGAUGAGAAGAAACCAGCACAUGCCUCUGGAGUCCAGACCUCUGUUUAAGUUUGUUAACUGGAGUACUCUUCUUCCUGACAAGUAUAGAAAGAACCAUGUUUACUCUGAACCAAUGCUCGGAAGGUCUGCUUAUUCACUGCCAGCGCUGAUGGACAGCAGAGCAUCACCGUUGUUGGCCAGUGAUGCCCAGUUACAGAACUUGCCACUAACCUAUGUUCUUACCUGUCAGUAUGAUCUCCUAAGAGAUGAUGGACUUAUGUAUGCUUCAAGACUCCAAAAUCUUGGAGUUCAAGUUGCUCAUGAACAUGUUGAGGAUGGAAUCCAUGGAGCAUUAUCAUAUAUGACAUCACCACUUAACUUACGUAUAGGUCUGAGGAUAAAAGAUAUGUAUAUUACUUGGCUAGAUAAGAAUUUAUAA